CCCAGUUACACAAAUCUAUCAAGUCAGUCAUUCGCCCCUCAUGGAACUUCUAGUGGAGUCAGCUGAAUCAUGAGGAAGUCCAGCGUCCUACUUCUAGCGUGGGUCAUCCUGACCCUAGCGAUGACCCACGUUGUUGGCCACACCAAGAAAACCACCACCACCACCACCGUUACCCCCACUACCACGGACACAGUCAACGCCGCUGAAAAAACAGUGGACGAGCUGGUGAAAGAGUUCCUGAAGAGCUACGAGGACGAGGCCCUGAGGCGUCUAAAUCUGGCAUCACAAGCCAGUUGGAACAUGGAGACCAACAUCACAGACUACAACAGCCAGUUUGAGAGAAACGUCAGCCUGGAAAACGCGAUAUUUUACCAACACAUGCACGACAACGCCAUCACCUUCAACCUCAGCCAGAUCAGCAACAGCAGCCUGGCCCGUCAGAUCUCGGCCAUUGGUCAGCUGGGGGAGGCGGCACUGACCGACAUGACCAAGUACAACAGGCUGAAGGAAAUCGAAUCUGAGAUGCUGGCCAUCCAUUCCACGACAAAAGUUUACUUCAACGGUAGAGGCUACAUGGACCUUGAUCCUGACAUGUCCCAGGUGAUGGCCGAGUCGAUGGACUACGACAGACUGACGGCCGUCUGGCUGGGCUGGAGGGAGGCUGUCGGCCCCAGGGUCAAGCCGCUCUUUACUGAGUACGUCACGCUGCUCAAUGAAGCGUAUAGGAUGGCAGGAUACACCGACGCGGGGGAGGCGUGGAGGUCCAGCUAUGAGAGUGAGAGCUUUGAAGCAGACGUGGCUAAUCUGUUCGCCCAGGUCCGACCUCUGUAUGAGCAGCUACACGCGCAUGUGCGCAGACAUCUCAAGGUCAUUUAUGGGGAGGAGAAGUUUCCCGCCUCAGGACAUAUUCCUGCACAGCUUUUAGGCGAGAUGUGGGCCCGCCAUUGGGACCCCAUCAUGGCGCGGGUCAAACCGUUUGAGAAAGUGACGUCACCAGAUAUCACAGGGGAGAUGCUGGCUCAGAACUACACAGUGGAUAAAAUCUUUCACCUCGCUGAGAGCUUCUUCUCUUCCAUCGGUCUAAAAAACAUGACAGGAACCUUCUGGAACAAAUCGGAGCUAGUCAAGCCAGCAGACGGCCGCAAGUUUGUGUGUCAUGGGUCGGCCUGGGACUUUUCUAAGACAGACGAUUACAGGAUAAAGAUGUGCACAGACAUCAACAAGGCGGACCUGGUGACGGCUCACCACGAGAUGGGACACAUCGAGUACUACAUGCACUACAGCAACCAGCCCUCCACAUUCAGGCACGGCGCUAAUCCAGGGUUCCAUGAGGCCGUGGGUGACCUCAUUUCCUUGUCCGUCCAGACUCCCAGCUAUCUCCAUCAGAUCGGUCUUCUGCCACAUGACGUCACCAGCACAGAGGCGGACAUUAACUUCCUGUUGGAGAUGGCGCUCCAGAAGGUCGCCUUCCUUCCCUUUGGUUACAUCAUUGACCUCUGGCGAUGGUCUAUUUUUAGAAAUGACACGAGUCCAGAAAACUACAACCGUGAUUGGUGGAACCUGAAGUGUCGCUACCAGGGCCUGUCACCCCCCGUCCCACGAUCUGAAGCAGACUUUGACCCAGGGGCCAAGUACCACGUCGCAGCUAACACCGCUUACAUCCGGUACUUUGUCAGUGUCGUCAUCCAGUUCCAGUUCCACAAGGCUGCAUGUCAGGCUGCUGGCCACACGGGGCCACUACACAGGUGUAACAUCUAUGGGAGCAAGGCCGCUGGGGACAGGAUCAGGGCCAUGCUAGAGAUGGGGAGUUCUAAGAAAUGGCCAGAGGCUAUGCGAGCGAUUACUGGCCAAGACAAGAUGGACGCCUCAGCGCUGAUGGAAUAUUUCCAACCCCUCCUGGAAUUCCUGGAGAAACAAAACGGAGACGACUACGGCUGGGACCCCCAUUGUCCCACGCCUCUGCCCAAGUACCUCAACACCAACGUCACGUUCAAUGACGCAGAGAUUACAGCGGUUCUGUCGUUUAUAGAGGCACACACCACACAGGCGCGGGUCUCAAACUGUGACAGAGAUGGGGCGUUUGGGGCUUUCCGUGACGAUAUGACGGAUGACAACAAAAAUAUUUGGGUAUCAUCAGAGAUCAAACUAGGACAGUUUUACAGACAGCAAGCCGAACAAGCCAAACAAUUCAACACGUCAGUAAUGCCCCAUGACAUCACCAGGCAACUUCAUCUCGUCGUUUCUCGCGACACACAGCGAGAUCUCAACAACAUCACCUACACUCAGCUGCAGGAGGUCAAGGCCAACCUGUUGUACACGUACCUCAAUGCCAAGGUCUGUCUGGCUGACAGCCAAUGCUGGGGAUUAGGAUCAGACGUGAGUGACAUCCGUGACCUUGACCUCCCACAAGACUACAAUCAGCGGCUGGACGUCUGGACAGCCUGGCAUGACGUCACAGGACGGAAGAUCAAGCAGAACUACUUGCAGUAUACUCAGUUGGCCAGAGAAUCGGGCUCCAAUGUUGCGGAUUUCUGGAACUCUGCGUACGAAUCCUCCAGCUUUGAAGCCGACUUCGAGCAGCUCCUGGAGCAGGUGACGCCUCUGUACGUCCAGCUUCAGGCCUACACCCUACAGGAGCUGAGGGGAGUCUACAGGGGUGAUAACCUCCCUGAGACAGGCCACAUCCCCGCCCACCUCAUCGGUGAUUUGUGGGAAGAAAACUGGGUCAAGGUUAUCAAGAGCCAGGAAACAGCCGAAGAACAACCUGACCUCUCGACUGACGUCACUUCGAAGGAUCGAACCCCGGCCACACUCCUCCAGCCUUACCUCGACCACCUCUCCUCUCUUGGACUCAUCGAGGUCGGGUCGACCUUGACCGAAUUUCUCAUCCAAUCAAACAUCAGCAAGUGUCCAGCAACUACCCAGAACUUUGUAACUUCCGCAUUAAGCAGGUUAAACCAAAACGAGAGCCUGACAGACGAGAAGCUUCUGGAAACUUACAGUCAGAUGGGAGAGAUCCUGUACUCGAUGUACGCCAGAGACCAGCCUUACCUGUACAGACUGGAAGCGUUACCUGGGAUGGGGCGGGCUAUCGGUGACGUCAUCGCCCUGUCACUCAGCAACAGACAACGGUAUGGGAACAAAAUGGCGGAGUGGAACCAAACACGAGACUUUCAACCGCUGCUAGACCUGGCCUUGAGGAAGGUUCCAGAAAUUGUUUCCUCAUUCGUGCAGGACAAAUGGCGCUGGUCAGUUGCCAGGGGUGGUCAAGACUUGCCUGAGAUCAACAGACUCUGGUGGGACUUAAGAUGCCGCUAUCAAGGUCUCUCUCCACCGGUGCCAAGGUCGACCAUGAACUUGGAUGCUGCCUCCAAGUACCACGUGAUCUCUGACCUUCCAGCCACCAGACAACUUGUGGCCGUGGUAGUACAGUUCCAGAUCUUCAAGGCCGCCUGUCAGCUGUCCGGUCACCAAGGUCAGCUCCAUACCUGCCACUUUGACGGCAGCCUAGAGCUCGGCAACAAGCUCAAAAAAAUGCUCCAACUUGGCAACUCACGUCCCUGGCCAGAUAUAUUGGAGAUGAUGACAGGUUCAAGGACGUUAGACGCUGGGCCUCUGCUGGAGUUCUUCCAGCCGCUGUACGCGUCCCUACAGCUUCAGAACGGCUAUAGCUUCGGCUGGACGCCCACCUGCCCUAAGAUGGACGAGAGGUUCAACUUGGUGCGAGAUUUCAACGAGACGGAAAUAGACAUGGCCGAGAAGUUUUUGGCCAGGUACAAUGAAGAAUCUCUGCUGAUAAAGAAUGCUGCCAUGUUGGCUACCUGGGAAUAUGAGACCAAUAUUACGUCAGAGAAUGAGGAGAGAAAGCUGAAUGCAUCACUCCGUAGAACUGAGUUCGCACAGCGGAUGGCCGAAGAAGCCGCCAUCUUUAACCUGUCCAGAAUGACCUAUGACCUUAAAAGACAGCUUUCCAGUAUCGCCGGUUCAUCAGCACAGCCCAAUGUCACCAAGAUUACAAGGGUCAAUCACCUGAAGUCUCAAAUGGAAAAGAUCUACAGUGAAGCCAAAGCCUGUCUUUCUAAAGACAGGUGUCUUGAUCUGGAACCAGAUCUGUCAGUUCUCAUGGCCGAGUCCAGGGACUACGAGGAGCUGUUAAGGGCGUGGCAGGGAUGGCGAGACGCCACGGGACCCAAGAUGAAGGACAUGUAUGCUGAGUUUGUGGAGCUGCAGACGGAAGCCGUUAGGUUACAAGGGCGAAAAGACAUCGGCGAGUCUUGGCGAGCCGUGUACGAAUCGCCCACCUUCGAAGAGGACAUUGCGGCGACGUUCGCCCAGGUUCGCCCCCUCUACGAGCAGCUCCACGCGUACGUCCGGCGAAAACUGAAGAAAAUCUACGGCGCUGACAGGUUUCCGGCUUCCGGUCAUAUACCGGCACAUAUUUUAGGCGAUAUGUGGGCCCAGAAAUGGUCUGACGUCUACCCGAUAGUAACGCCCUACCCCGACAAAACCUCACCGGAUAUAACUAAAGAGAUGAAAAAUCAGAACUACACCGUGGAAAGAAUGUUCCGACUAGCAGAGAACUUCUUUGUUUCCCUGGGCUUCGACAAGAUGACUGAAAAGUUCUGGAACUUCUCGCAAGUCCAGAAACCACAAGAUGGCCGCGGGUUCGUCUGCCAGGGCACAGCAUUCGACAUGUUUUCGCGCGAUGAUUUCAGGAUUAAGAUGUGCACCAGUAUCCGUCACAAGGACCUGAUCACCGUCCACCACGAGAUGGGACAUGUCCAGUACUACAUGCAGUACCAGAACCAGCCGGUUCUCUACCGGAGCGGGGCUAAUGACGGGUUCCACGAAGCCGUUGGUGACGUCAUGGCCCUGUCUGUUCAGACACCGGAACAUCUGGUUCUAAUCAAACUCUUGGACAAACUUUCCAACGAUACAGAGGCUGACAUUAACUUCCUGAUGAGCAUGGCACUGAACAGAGUGGCAUUCCUGCCCUUUGGCUACUUGAUUGACAUGUGGAGAUGGUCAGUCUUCAGAGGAGAUACGAAACCAGAACAUUACAACAGAGAUUGGUGGAAUCUCAGGUGCCGCUACCAAGGGAUUUUCUCGCCCAUAGAGAGGAAGGCCACAGACUUUGACCCUGGGGCCAAGUUCCAUGUACCGUACAACGUCCCUUACAUGAGGUACUUCAUCAGCUUCGUCAUCCAGUUCCAGUUCCACAAGGCGGCCUGCCAGGCGGCGGGGUACAAGGGCCCCCUCCAUAGGUGUGACAUCUACGGAAGUAAGGAGGCGGGGGCUAAGAUCAGGAAGAUGCUGAGUCUCGGUGCCUCUAGACCUUGGCCCUACGCCAUGGAAACCUUGACCGGUCAGUCCAAGAUCGACGUUGCUCCACUCCUCGAGUACUUCCAGCCUCUGCUCGCCUACCUACGGAAGGAAAACGGGAACGAUUACGGGUGGGACCCAGCGUGCCCUACCUUGACCCCCGCGCCCAACACCCCGGUCCCCACGCAUGUAAAAAAAGACAACGGCGCCCUGAAACACGGGGUUUCUACACUGGCUCUGUAUGCUGUGUUUUUUGUCGUUGUAUUCAUGUGUACAAGUCGGUAGUUUCCCCGUAGUGCUUGAAAUAUGAGAAUUUCAUUCGUAGUGCAUGAAAGAUGAUAAUUUUAUUCUUAGUGCAUGAAAGAUGAGAAUAUCAUUCGUGGUGCAUGAACGAUGAGAAUUUAAUUUGUAGUUCACGAAAGAUGAGAAUUUCAUAUGUAGUGCAUGAAAAAUGAGAAAUUUAUAUGUAGUGCAUGAAAGAUGAGAAUUUUACAAAUACUGCAUCGAAGAUUAAAAAAAAAACUUACUGCAAAGUGCAUAACAGAUGAACAUGUUCAGCCAAAUGCAAGAAAGAUGACAAUUCCCAACAAAGUGCAUGCAAAAUAUUGAUUUUCUACAAUGUAUAAAAUUUAAAACUACAAUGCAAGUUGAGCAUUUUAAACGUAGUGAAGGACAACUGCCUCUUUAAAAACACGAAGCUACUUGAUGUUUCUUUAGCACUUCUAACGCUCUAGUUCAAAUGUGUAGGCCUAUGUUUACAAGAGAAUAAAUUAUAUUUACUUUUGUUUUUACUUUUA